GUGCCCUCCAGGCGAAUUUGGAACCGUCAGUGCCGUCGGGGAGCAGGAAGGCAGAAUGUGGACGUUCCUUGAUGAGAGUGGCAAUCAUAUAACGUCUCAAGCGUUUAUGCACGAUCGAGCUAUCUAAGAUGGAAGAGACAAAGAAAGGCGUGCUGAAUGUGCAGGAUGGGCACAACCAGGUGCACACAGUACAGUUGGUAUUGUACCCUGAUGCCUUACUGAUUCAGAAAGAAGAGUGGGUCAACAUGCCCCUGGAAGAUGAGGACGAAGUCUUCCUCAACAUGGUUAGAGAGGUUGAAAUCCAACGAGGAGGAGGAGGAGGAGGGCUGGGUCUCUGUGUAAAGGGAGGAGCAGAGCACCGUUUACCAGUUCUUGUCUCCCGUAUCAUUAAAGACCUACCUGCUGAUCACUGCAAGCAGCUGCUAGUUGGAGAUGCCAUUUUACGAGUGAACGGCAUCAAUGUAGAAACGUGUACCCAUGAUGAAGUGGUGACAUUGCUAAAGCAGGCAGAGGGGGACACUGUGACACUGGCUGUGCGACACUUCCGUCCUGCAUCACACUUCCUCAACAAAAAGAAUGAUGAGCGUGAGGAGCCAGCAGAAGAUGCUUCUGCUGUGGUUACACUGCCUGAAACUGGUGAUGAGAGUCUUGGGGUGCGGCAUAUACCUGCUUUGCCAAAACUAGAGAAGCAAUGGAUGACAGCAAUAACUAUCCCUCUUUUAUAUGCACGCCUGACACGAUACCUUGCAGGCACAGAUAAACUCAGAAGCAACUCAUUUCAAGUGAUUGGGGUGGAUGGUUCUCAGUCAGGACCAGUCAUCUGCCCAGACAACCGCAAACUAGCUGAAUGGAUCCAAGCCAUUACAUCUAAUACCCAGGCUUUGCUGACACAGAUGAUCCAGAUGACGAACCGCUUGCUGCCUCCUGCUGAUCAUAUAAUGCACAUGGUGUGGACACACCAGCGGAUGCCUGCUGACCGGCACCAGCAGCCAUGGAAGCCCAAGUUUCUGGCCUUAAAAUCUUCAGAUGUCUUCCUCUUUGACCAUCCCCCAAUGCAUGCAGGUGAUUGGUCCAGGUGUGAAAUCAAGCACAAGGUGUAUGAAUGCAUGUUCAAGAUAUUAAAGGAUACAGAACUUCCAGACGACAGGCAGCACUGCUGCUGCAUUCAGACAGGAACCCGUGAGUCUCUUUGCCUGUCGCUGGACAGUCGAGCUGACCUCCUGCAUCUUGAGAAGGCCUGGUACCAUGCCAGCAACACGGCAGUCAAACGUUUAGUGAGCAAGACAUUUGGGUGUACCUGGCGGGGUAACCUUUCAGGUCUCAUUCUGGACAUGGACCAAGGAUUUUCUCUCUAUGACCACCAGACAAAGAGCUUCAUGUGGACAUACCGAUUUUCUCAGUUGAAGAGUUCCUCCGAUGAUGGCCGCAACAAGCUCAAGUUGCAGUUCAACAAUGACAUGACCAAACAGGUGGACACUCGGGAGCUGGAAUGCACUGACCUGCAGACACUAAUCUUCUGCAUUCAUGCCUUUCUGUCAGCAAAACUCUCGACCAUUGAUCCCACUUUUUUGGCAAACUACUGAUGCAUUCUUGUGAUUCAUCUUCAUCCACGUAGUCAUCUUGUGCAAGAAUUUGUACCCUGUAUAGUUGGUUGCUGAGAUCCCAGGUGUUUAUUGCCGAACAUCUAAUGUGUCAACAGGAUGGUCUUGGAAAUAAUGUUCAUCUUUCACUAAGAUAUCUUGACAUAGGUUUUUUUUUAAUUUAAAAAAAAAACAACACAAGAAGCAUUCAGGACCUGUUCAGCUAUGAAUGACUAAUGAGCUUAGUGACAUAUUCAGGAUGUCUUCCAGCAACUGGGGAGAUUCUUUCACUGCUGAUACACAAGCAUCUGUGAUGCUCAUAAGAGGUACACCUGGACAAAUUUGUAUGGCAAACAAACUGCCACACCUUCAGAAUGCAGCAACAGAACCUUGAAAACAUCUCUUCAGGUGGCUUUCAUUGACACUGGCAUGAAAUGUUCAUUGCAUAGACACCAGGGAUGUAUGCAUGUAUCAAUAUGAAAACAUGUGUAUGAACAUUUCCAAGGCUGAUACAAGCAAACAUAAAUGGAUAAAGAUGAGAGUUCAGAGGACAUGGUUUUUCUUUGACAUAAACAUUCAAAAGUGAUAUACACACUUGUGACGGGGACACUUUGUGUAAUGAUUUGCACUUGUAGAAAGUAGGCUGGAACUGGGCCAGUGUUGAGAUUGGAUUGGCCUGCCGGUGAUCAGACUGCUGUACAGGUCUCAGAAGGGUUGUUGUUUUGUUUGUCAGCACCAUACCACUGCAGUCACAUCACUGUUGUGUAAACAUGAAUUAUCAUCUUUUGCAGAUCUGCAACACCAUUUUCUGUUUGUAAGUUAGUGAGCCUGUAAGCCAAAUGCUUAGCAUUGCUUUGCCUGUCUUCCUGUGUAAUCACCACUGUGGAAUUGGUUGCAUUGCCUUCAUUUGUCUGUAAUCAUGGCAGCAAAAUAAUUUGCAUUUUCAUUGUUCAUGCAGGAGCUAAAUAUGCAUUUGCCUUCGUUCAUAAUAUGCAGGUAUCUUGGUCCCUUACAUCUUUUGCACAGAUUUUGCAUCAAAGGCAAUUGGUGUUUUCAGGAAGUGUUGAUAGAUUUUUAUUAAUUUCUUUUAUUUAUUUUUGUGAGAUCUUCAGCUGCUAAGAAGACUUUGCUUUACUCUUGUAUGCAUUUCCCCCCCCACUUGUCAAGAAACAAGUUUUGAUACAAGCUUACAAGGUGAAGAAUAAAAUGCAGUUUUCUGUGAUGUAGUGUGGUCAGUGGCAAGUCCCUGCCCACACACACUGUAAAUAAUGUCCUGUUCUCACUAUGUUGUGACUUGUUACUUCAGCUACCUGUUUGUUCCUGUAGCCUUCUUUCUCCUGCCUCAUUCUUCUACCUCUCCUUAGCUCCCCAAUCCCUGUGUUCCCCAUUGGAAGUUUCACAAUGAUAUGAGGGGUUUAUGAGCAUUUUAUUAAUAUUUGCAUACAUUCUCAAAAGGUUUAUAUUUUAAACCAGAAUGUUUAUAUUAGACUCAUUUAUGCAUAUGUGCAAUAAACCUUGUGUGUGUGUAUGAGAGACACUUCACAAAGACAAGUCAAGGAAAUGUGCCAUGAGAUGUGCUUCACAGGUCAGGGUUCAUUUCCUCCUAUGUCAUAUACAUCCUGACUUGAAAAGUUUGAAGUAUUAUUUGAAAUGUGUUCAAAGAGAAUUUUUGGGCUUGCUGGGUAUUUUUAGUCCUUCAAGGUGCAUUAUUGACCAACUGGUGUAGUCAGUGUUUGAAAUACAGCAUUUUUAGCUGUAGUCAUAAUCUUAUUAUUGGUCUGUGGGAAAAUGUCAAAGCCUUCCAUGUAGUGCUUGAUUAUGGGGCGAUAGUGUUAAUGGAUGCAGUCCUUUAUUCUUCUGUGGGUAGCUAACAGAACCAAUGACAUAUGUCAGUUAUGUUUAUAAAAGUUUUGCGUAGAUUACUAGAGUGUUUGCCUGUGCAGCUAUUUCAUUCUAUAAAUGCAUAGGAUAGUUGGAUGCUAGUCACUAGUUCAUAAUAUACUUCACAUGCAAGUUCUAUCUACAACAUGCUGCUACAGUGUUUGUUUAUGACUUCUUUGUUGGGCAUUAAAGCAUUAAAAAAUAAGGGUAUGAUUCUCAGAACAGAUAUUUUUCUUUUUUAAAAUGAGAUGACUUUCUUUUGUUUGGUAUUUGACAAAUCAUAAAAUGCCGCUUGAAUUAGAAUUAUUGCUUGGUUUUCAGUUUGCUAAAGUUAUCUACAAAUGUGUGAAGGGUUUAGAUGCAUCUUUGUGUAGAGAUCCUGAAAAAUGUGCAUCAAACAUUUGUUCUCACAUGACUGCCUCAGUUUUGUUGUCACAGGUUGUAGUUUUGUUGUGACAGCUACAACUAUUCAUCUUGACACUUCAUUACUGUAUGUGCUAAUUGCACAAAGUAAAUAAUACUGCAUUUCUUGCUCACACCGUAACAGGUUAAAACUAAAUCCUAAAGUUUACUGUGUAAUACAGCCAACUUAUUGUCCACCAGGGUGGACUACGUUAAAGGGAGGUAAUGUCUGAACUGGAUGUUGAAGGGAGUUAAUGGCCAGACAAUUUGGCUUUGUUUUUGCUUUUACUUGUGACUCAUUUGAGUUUAAUAGACUUUGUCAGCAGUGAUUUAAGUAUUACCCAAAUGCUUUUCCCCCCCUACCCCAGCACCAACUUCUUCAAGAAGUUGAUAGCUGAAUAGCUAGAACACUAGUAAAUUUGAUCCCUGUGGCAUGGCAAACUUACCCCCAGUUGACCCAGCUGUUGGAAAUGGGUACCUGGCUUCAUAGAGAUUUGAGGAAAAGGUUAAGCAUCGAGAAUGAAUGGUGAUGGGCACCCCACUCAUGAAAAAAGCUGGCCUUAAGAAAAGUCUGGUCUCUCUUACCUCAUUUCUCCCACCCACCCCCAACUUCUGAAGGUUAGGGGUAACCCUUAUUUGCGGCCCUGUGCUCCACUGGGGUGGGGGUGUUUAGGAACAAGAAAAAGAAUCAUUAUUUACUUCACCCACACACCUCUUACAUCAACCCAUUAUUUGUGUCUGGUAAAUUUAUAGGUGUACCCUUUGUGUAUCACUGAAUUCCUAUUCUUCAACCAGACUGUAUUGAUUUAAACAUGUGACCCAAUCCUUUUAGCAAGACUGUGUUCAGGUUUGUCUUGAAUGUUUUGGUUUAGAUUUCCAGCAGUUUCUUUUUUUCACUUGACCCUGUAAUUUUCUGUCCCACUUCAACUACAAGUUUUUAUUGGUGUGCUUCCAGCGCUGGUUUUAACAUCGAGCUUUGGAUAUUGGUGAUAUUUUUAGUGCUUUGUACAGUCUUAAUUGUUUGUUAUACAGUAAUUUCUGGUGGUGCUUUUCUGCUGGCAUGAACUUGUAUACUCAUGCAUACAUGCUACGGACUCCCCACAGGCCAACAGGAAAUUUUUUUUUUUCAUGCUUUAAUGGUUUGAUGCUUUGAAACUUGCACUCAUGACAUGCUUGUUGUUUGUGAACAGUCAGCUUCAAAGACCAAAGCCAAAAAUGCAUGGGUGUGUGGUUUGUGCGUUAAUUUGCUCAGAGACCAAAGCUUCUUUUCCAGGAGGGGUAGUGGGAGACAGAAGCUGGAAGUGUGUGUGUACAUUAUGCAUGCAGAGUUGUAAUAACCACAUUGGUAGCAGUUGUUCCCUUUCUCAAGCCAGUUAACAACAAUGUGAUACUGUAAAGGCUUAUCCUUGCAUGGGUUGUUUAUUAGUUUGACCUAGAAUGGUACAUGUGUUAGUAUAGUUUUUACUUGUUUCAUAUUGUCUGUUUCAUUUAAGAAAAACUGUUUCAAAGUUGAUUACUUGGAGAGAGAAGGGUAACAUUUUAGUUUUCAAACUAAUUUAAAUGUUGAUUUCUUAAAUGUGUCAUCGUUUUUAAAGAAUCUGUUCUUGAUAUGGUGAGAAUUGUGUCAAUGUGAUUUGCACAACUAUUUUCUUUUUAAAUAGAUUUACUAAGAGAUUAUUUUAGAAAAUAUGUGGUCCUUAUAAUAACUUGUUUCACUUGGUCCGGCAUAUAUGCUCAUAUAUGCCAGACUUAACAAAAAUUGGUCUGUGUGAUAAAUAUAAGAACUAGUGUAAGUGACUUUAUAUGAAGGGUAUACCAAGUAAACAUGGAUUUACUUCUUGUUCCUGAUGUUGCCAAGGCCUGUAAAUACCACUGACAUAUUUAUUUUUCUUGGUUGUGUAAAGGCUUUUUCUUGGUCAGUGUGUCAGAUAUGUUCUUUCUGCAGCAUUCGUUUAAGAUUUCAGGUCAUCUCUUUGAUGUAUCUCUUUUAUGCUGAUACAGCAAGUAAUAAAGAAGUAGAAGUCAGAGUAUUGCAAUUAUUAUUCCUAAUGUUAACUUUCAUAAUCAUUAGUAUUACAAAAAAAGAAAAACAGAGAUAUGUAUCUUUCGUUGCAUUUUCAUUUUCAGCAAAAAAUGUAAAUGUUGACAAUGCUACUUUAGUAAUUUAAAGAAACUGCCUCAAUAUUAUCACCAUAAACAAUUUCCUUACUUAUGAAAAAAGGUUAUUAAACACAUCUUUUGGGGCCCUAUGCUCCUCGAGGAGUAACAAGGACUAAACUAAUACACAUCUUUUGGUUUAGAAAAAAUUUCUCAUUUGAGCAAAGUUUUUUUCGUAAACAUUUGUUGCUGACCAUUUUGUUUCAUCGUACAUUAUUUAUUUAAAAUGUAUUUGGUUUUUUUUCCCCCUGCUUGUGACAUGCACCUCGGUGUUCAAUUUAAGCCAUUAAUCAUUAUCGUCUGGGUAUGCAACAUUGAUAUGCACAUUGUUUGGUUGCCUUAUAUUGAUACGUCCUUGAGUAUCAUCAGUAACCCUUUGUCAUGGCGUGCAACUCAUCUUUGUUACUGUUAACAACUGCAGUGAAAAAGGUAUGUAAAUCUUUAGUCUGAUGAUAUCAUCUGUAACACUAGUUCCAGUAGGAAAGGUGACUUCCUCCUAAGUGUGCUGACUUGGAAGGUGUCAGCUUUUACUUCACUGUUGCUAACCUUGGGCUGCCAUGACAGUAAUUUGUGUACAGUUUGCAUGCUGUGAGGAGAUCAAACGUUUUGCACUUUUUGGUGGAGUAUUUUUGGUUUCAUUUAGACACUGAUAACCAUAACUGAUAACUCGUUUGCUGUCAGAGUGGACACCACUCAGUUUGUGAUGCAGCAGCAGUACACAAUCUACUACACAAUACAAAUCAAGAGUGAAAGAGUUAAGUGAAAGUAAAUGAGUUUUAGCUACUUUAUUUGAUCUUUCCUAACCUUUUAGCUAGUGAAACAUUUUCUGUAAAAACUAGUUUUAAAAAUCUGCCCCUAAGACACUCUACUGUUAGUAAUGUCAAUGUUGCCAAAGAUUGAGAUGAAAAUUCCUCAAUAUUUUUCUUUAUAAGUAAGGAGACUUAGGGACAAACUCUGCAAAAUGUGUGCAGACAUGAAGAUUAGCAACUCUCUGGUUUUGUCUUCCUAUGAACUUCAAUUUUGUGCUAAAAUUUACUGAGGUUCUUUUCCGAUAUUAAUGGUAUCUCCUUGUGGUCUAGCCUCUGUCAAAGCUGUUGUCUGCAUCACUAAAUGGGCACUAAAAAAAAAUAUACAUCAGUAUGCUCAACUGGUGAGAUGAACUCAAGAAAGCUGUCUGAGCUAUAAAAGUUCUUACAGGAUCAGAAUUUUCCAUCAUUGCACUUACAGAAAACACUUAACCAUGGCAGCAUAGCUGUGAGAAGGGAGCAAGAAUUAUGCUCGUCUGUUUAGUUUGAGACUGGCAUUUAGGGAGAAAUUUACUAGUGGAGAACUAUUUUUACAUUUUUCUUUUGAUAGGCUUAUCACACGACAGUGCCCACUGUUACCUAGUGAUAUCAAACAGAUUGGAACACUUGUUGAAAGUACCCUCACUGGGAACCUGGCAUGAAAAAGAUGGGUCUUGGUGUGUUAUGUUAUUCUGUUUAUGGCAGCUGUUAAGAUGUUACUGCAUGAAGGAGAUCUGUUUGCUGGUGACUAUGGUGGCACCCUUCCUUCCCCCAUUUUGUGAAUGGAAAUUGUUUUUGUUUGCACAUGGGCACAUUUUAUACCUGUGCCUUUUUUGAUUAUUAGUUUCUCCCAUUUAUGUGUGCAAGUGAUCCAUCUGUUUAAGAUCUUUUGGAUAAAUAUGGGUGAUUGGCAAAGGAGAACAUUUUUUUCAAUAGAUUGGUGACAAUGUUUCCAAUAAAUUUUUUAUUUCAUGCUACA